AGAGGGAACAGCGACCAACGGCAGUCAAGUGUUCGACGGUGCGACGAUCGGACGUUGAGUAAAAUUUGGCAUACACGGAAAUGCGUCUUAACCCACUAUCAAUUCUGUCAUGACACACACAUCCGCGAGACCAUUUAGGGAUUCGGUAAUCGAUCGUUAGCAAUCUUUAGGCGACAGUCAGCUUCGAGCUAUCACCGCAACAACAAUAUUUCGUGUGUGUCGUGAAACUGGAUGUAACGGACAAUACUACAUUAUCGAUAUAUUUCGUUGACGUUUCGUUUCGCGCGAAAAAGCACCGGCAUACGUGUGACGGGAGAAAAGGUUAGAUUCGUGCAGCGAAGAGAAAAGUGUUCGGUGAAGAAACUCGAGAAAGUUGCCUAUACGAAGAGAAACACUUGAGAGAUAAGAGGCGAAGAAGUCGUGAAUCUCGUGUGAAUCUUAUUGUCACGUUAUUUUGUGGUAUUUUUAACGUUCUUCGUAGUUCCCGUGUUCGAUUUAUUGGUGUAUACUAAGGCAGUUGAUCAUUAUCGAUUACUGUAACGGUUGAAAGACUCGAUAAAUCUCGAGGUGCAUUGACAUCGCAGGAUAGAGAAUUCGAUUGUUUACGUUUUAAUUUCGAGAAUCGAAGGAUCAUACAUUGCGAGGUCACUUCUAACAGACACCUCGCAAAAUGGUGUCCGACAAUGCGAUUAUUGUCAGAAAUGUGAGGAAAUCGUAUGGCAGUAAUGCCAUCUUGAACGGCUUGAAUAUGAACGUGAAAAGAGGCACCAUAUAUGGCUUCCUGGGCCCUAGUGGUAGUGGCAAAACCACCCUGCUUUCCUGUAUGGUUGGCGUUCAAAAAGUGGACAGCGGCGAUAUUUGGGUACUCGGUGGCAAGCCAGGAACCAAAAAUUCCGGGAUUCCAGGACCUCGUGUUGGUUAUAUGCCACAAGAAAUUUCGUUAGUCGAUGAAUUUUCCGUAUCUGCUGCGUUUUAUUACUUUGGAAAGGUGAACGGCAUGGAAGAUCACGAGAUCGAGGAGGGCUACAUGAACCUAAAAGACAUACUUCAGCUACCACCCAGAAAUCGUCUGAUGAAGGACAUGAGCGGUGGUCAGCAAAGGAGAGUAUCCUUCGGAGUAUCCAUGCUUCACAAACCCGAAUUAUUAGUCCUCGACGAGCCCACUGUUGGUUUAGAUCCAGUUAUAAGGAACAAUCUCUGGUGUCAUUUGGAGAAUCUCGCGAAAGAUGGUAUCACUGUGAUAAUUACCACUCAUUACAUCGAGGAAACAAAACAGGCUGACAAGAUUGGAUUAAUGAGGAGUGGAAUACUGUUGGCUGAAUCAACACCGAACGAUUUACUAGAGAGAUUUGAAACCGAUUCCCUGGAAGAAGCCUUCUUGAAAUUGAGUCAAAUGCAAGAGAAUUAUAAACCGAUAAAUGCGAGUCAAGUCUCCAAUCCUUGUAUGGAAUCUAACGAAUUGACUCAUUCGAACUUCCCCAAUCAAAAUCGUCCACAAUUACGAAGCAGCAAAAUAAAGAGGUGUCAUGCUUUACUUAACAAGAAUUUACUUCAGUUCGUACGUUAUCCUGGAGGAAUAUUGUUUUCGCUUAUUUUGCCAAUAAUGCAAAUGGUUUUGGUUUUCAACUCGAUUGGCAUGUACCCCAAAGGACUGUCGAUAUUGGUCGUGAAUAAUGAGGCAGAUAACUGUAAUUAUGGAAAAUAUCAAGGCAACGUUACAUAUAACCGGGACGAGAAUACGUGCACUAUGGUCGAUAUUAGCUGUAGAUUUCAAAAUGCAAUAGAUGAUUUAAUUCCAAACAAGAUAUUCUAUGACAGUAUAGAGGAGGCAGAACAAAAUGCUUACUCUGGAAAUACCUUUGGAAUACUACAUUUCCAUAGGAACUUUUCAGACAGCAUGACAAAUAGACUAGAAAACUCAUUAGAUGUGUCUAAUGAUGUUAUUACGACCAGCAGGAUUAAUAUUUUCAUAUACAUUUUAGAUUACCCAACCUAUUUCUAUGUACAACGGGAACUGUACGACAUCUUUUUAAAACAGUAUGAGAAAAUCAUGGAGGAAUGUGGGGCUUCUCGAAAGCUGGGUAACGUGCCAAUACUGUUUGAAGAACCAAUUUACGGCUCGAAGGAACAAACUUAUUUCUCAUUUCUUAUCCCAACAUUUGUAUUAGCAAUACUAUUUAUUUUGGCAACAUCCAUGUGUGCAAGUGUAAUCGUAACUGAACGUCAUUCAGGCCUAUGGGAUAGAAACUUAGUUCAAGGUGUCACCACGUCAGAGAUCCUAAUUACUCAUAUGAUAUCGCAAGUAGUGGUAGUCCUCUUUCAAGUGACGAUAACAUUAUGUAUCUUUUUCCUAUACUAUAAUGUCGAAUGCAAAGGGUCAGUAGGAACGAUCAUUUGGUUGGCUAUAUUCGGAGGAAUUAGUGGAACAACAUAUGGCAUGACAAUAUCAGUGAUCUCCAACGAUCAUUCUUUGGCUAAUUAUAUGUCAGUGGGGACAUUUUAUCCAUUGGUACUCCUUUCUGGAUUAAUUUGGCCACUUGAAGCAAUGCCGAAGCUCCUUCGAUGGUUCAGUAUCCUCAUGCCUUUAACGUUGCCCGGGAUUGCAUUUCGAGGGAUUCUGGAAAAAGGGAUUACCUUCAAUGACCCAGAAGUGUACGAAGGAUUUCUAGUGACCAUUGGAUGGAUUUUUGGAUGCCUGGGUCUUUGCCUAGUUCUGUUAAGGUUGCAAAAAUAGAUAUGAAAUGAAGAAAAAAAAAA